AGAGUUUUGAAAGUGAGUGGUUAAUUUGAGGACAUGUCGGACAUUGCACUUGAAAAAAGUGCGUCUCCAGCGCACUUGUAAGUGACAAUGUCUCCGUAAAAAUUUUGUUUAGAUUUGCCUCUGACCGGCCAGUUGAACCAAUAAUAAACAAAACUCUGUCGUCUUAAGGACACUCUGAAACCUCCGGUUCUCUCACCGUCUUCUGCUCAAUUGCUUACAAGACCUAGUAGUUCCGUAGAAAGUCGAACAGUCAUCACUCAUGUAUACUCUGCUCCUCCAUGGAAGAAGGUUGGUGGAGCUACAGAAAUGGCGUAACUUGAGAGUUUCAGCGACCCUUCUUCAAAAUGCAUCAUUCUCUUCUCCUUCUGAUGUAAGUCCUCGAAAUGGUCAGAACUUUACUGUCUCUUCUUACCUGGUUGACUCACUGGGCUUAACUAGGAAACUCGCGGACUCCAUCUCAAAGAAGGUCACUUUCGAGGAGAAGGGUCAUCCUGAUUCAGUCCUCACUCUUCUUAGAACUCAUGGCUUCACUGAUUCUCAGAUCUCCACCAUCAUUACAGACUACCCACUACUGCUUGUAGCAGAUGCUGAUGAAUCUCUCGCUCCCAAGCUUAAGUUACUACAGAACAGAGGAGCUUCAACCUCUGAGCUCACUGAGGUUCUUUCUAAAGUCCCCAAGAUCUUGAGAAUCAAAAAGGACAAAGCUUUAGGAAGAUACUAUGAUUUCGUCAAAGAGAUUAUAGAAGCGGACAAGAGUUCUAAGUUCGAAAGGUUGUGUCUUUCUUUGCCACAGGGUAGUAAACAGGAGAAUAAGAUAAGGAAUGUUUUGGUUUUGAGAGAUCUUGGUGUGCCUCAGAGGUUGUUGUUCCCUUUACUCAUCUCCAGGUCUGCACAUGUUUGUGGUAAAGAAAGGUUUGAAGAGUCUCUCAAGAAGGUUCUUGAGAUGGGUUUUGAUCCCACGACUCCGAAGUUCGUCAAAGCUUUGCAUACUGUUUAUGAAUUGAGUGAUAAAACUAUAGGAGAGAAGGUGAAUGUGUACAAAAGACUAGGCUUUGGUGUGGGAGACGUGUGGAAGAUCUUCAAGAAGCAUCCUUCCUUUCUGAAGUUUUCUGAGAAGAAUAUAUCGAACUCUAUUGAUACGUUUCUAGGCCUAGGAUUCAGCAGAGUUGAGCUUGCGGGGAUGGUCAAGCGCUUUCCUCAGUGUAUUGGGUUAUCUGCAGAGACUGUGAAGAAGAAGAAUGAGUUUCUGGUGGAGAAGAUGAAUUGGCCAUUGAAGUCUUUGGCUUUGUUCCCUCAUGUAUUUGGAUGUAGCAUGGAGAAGAGGAUUGUUCCAAGGUGUGAAGUAAUCAAAGCUCUAAUGUCCAAAGGAUUGCUUGGGAGUGAACUUCCUUCAGUAUCUUCUGUCUUGGCAUGUACUGAUCAUAUGUUUAUGAAAAAGUAUGUGAGUAAGCAUGAUGACAAGGUGUUUGUGGACGAGUUAAUGGCUAUCUUCACCAAAGAUGGUGACUUAUAGAUCAGAAAGCUUGUCAAGGAGAACAUUUUGUAAGACAUUGCUUGGUUUAUAGAGAAUUUCAAUCAAGAACACAAGUGGUUUGGAGCUC